CUCACAAAUAGAACAAAAGAUAUUUCAUUGUCUAAUGAAGAAAGAAUUAAGCAAAACUCUUUAAACAAUGGGUGCUGCAUCAAGUGUUCACGGAGGUGGUCGUAAAAAGAAACAAAAUGUUAUGGAGACACGCGAAUUAAAAACUUCAGCUGAGAAUAUAGAUAAAGAAUAUGAAAAUCGUUUGGAAGCUGAACAUGGUAAAGCAACUAAUAAAGCUGGAGGAACAGAUCACUGUAUAAGAGCAGAUAAUAAAGCUGCUAUUGUUGUUCAUGGAUGUACAGAAGAAUAUCAAACUCUAGCUGAUGAAUUGCCUGAAAUCAUUAUGAAAAAAAUCGGACCUAAUAUGAUAGCUCAUCCUAUGAUAUUAGGUAAAUAUUGUCUUGUCAGAGAUAGUGAAGAUGAUGGUGAUCAUUUAUUACGAGUACCAAUUGAUAAACACAAACAAGUUACAAUACAAAAAUCUAAAUUACAGUUACCUCUUUAUGGUUUAUCUCAACCAACAUUUCAACAAAUUAAAAAACAAAUUAACGAUUUACAACAUAAUAAAUGUUUAGUUGUUAAUGUACGAAGUGAUCCAUGCCUUUUUACAUUUGAUUCACAUGACUGGCUUCCAUAUGCUAUAAGGGAGUAUAGUUCAAUUCAACAUGUUGUGGAAAAUCAACAUCAGUCAGGAAUAGAUUUACAGGAUAUGGAAGUAAAAUGUCGAGAAGAUGUAUGUUCACAUUAUGUUCAUUUUUUAUGUUGUGUAUUUUAUUUUUAUGAUGAUAUAACAUUUUUUGAAAAUCAACCAAUAGCACGUAAAGCUACAGCACCUGAUUAUUUAUUAGUUGGAGAAGAAAUCUAUAAUGGAGCAAUUGUUGGUAAACAUGGUAUACGUUAUAUCCGAUUGAAUUUUGUACCUGGAAAAUUUCCUUUAGAAGAAGAAGUUGAUCGAUUUAUAGAUGAGAUACGUCAUAUUUGUUCAGAUUCAUUGCCAAAAUAUGUAAAUCCUUCUAACAAAUCAAUGCUAAAAACAGGAUCAUCUCAUGAUCAAGUAUCUUCAUUUAUACAUAAAAUGAUAUUACCGCAUUUUUUAAUUACUGGUCAUAAAAUUACAGAUGGUUCUAUACAACUUGGUUUAGUUAUGGGACAUUUAACAUUGAAAUCAUUAAGUAGUAUUUUUCAAUCAAUUAAUCCUGAUUGUGAACAAAAAAAUGUAUUACAAUCGAAUCAAACUACAUCAUUAUCAAAUACAAAAUAUCAAUCAAAAAUGAAAAUAAUUAUACUAUUUAUAAUCCUAUUAGUAAUGCUAAUAGUCAUAGUAGUAUUAUUAUAA